GAUGAAGAAACAAAUUCAGAAACAGACUCCUCAAAGUCACAAGAAUAUAACUGUAUAAGGUACAAAUUGGAAAACGAAAAACAAUUUAGGAAGUAAAUGAUCGAGCAGAGAGUCAAUCCUUAUCCUAUGACUCAUAAGUUUCUUGAAGAGGUGGCACCUGAUUGUAACUUUUAAAACGAGAAAAGCCCAAACGCUAAAUGUAUUUUUAUUUCAUUUUUUUAUCCAUCAAAGAAAGCCGAGGACUGGGUUUUUAAUUGUUCUCGUGCCCUUACACUUUCUCAUUUCUGAUGCCUUUUCAGAAGUCCAGAGAUGCCACAUUCCUACUACACUCAUACAAGUUUCCCCAGAAACUAGGCUUUCAAAGAUGACGUGUCAUUGUUGCAAAAUAUCAGCGACAAAGCCAAGAAGGCCCUCAUCUUAGUAUUCCGUCACUUCAUCGUGUGGGUUCCCAGAACAGGUUUCAUCCAUCUGAAAUAGAAUGCUCCCCUCAGCCCGGCUCCUAUGCAAAUACUACCUGGGUACCUGCGCUCCAACUCAUCACCUCGCGCCUGACGGGAAGGGGCGGGACGACUAAAACUGAAUGACGGUGCUCCUGCCUAAUGGGUACAGGAGGCCGGUUAAGGCGUCGUGAGACGUGACAGAAAGGAACCAACCAGGAGGCAAGGAGGCGGGGCGUGGGGCCGGAGGCCGAGACGUUCGCCAGCUGUGUCACAAUCUACGCCGCCUAGGCUCGAACCCAGCUGCCACCUGCGUCGCUCCGCUGCCAGCAAGGAGAGGGGGCUGCGCGAGAAUGAGCGCGGAAGAAGCGCAGGCUGGCUCGGCGUGCCGGAGAAGAGCUGGGUGAAGGUACUGAAACUGGCGCGCUCCUACUGGACCCUCUAUGCUGAAUGGCGAGAGCACAGAGCACCGAGAGCCGGGUCUCUUAGCGGCCGUGUAGCUGCUGUUGCUGCUGCUGAAAAGGAGAAUGGGCCGCACCGAAGCGGCGUGGAGCCGCUGAGGACCGCUGAGGCUGCGGCUCCGUUGCUUCGGGCCUCGAGACGGCCCCAGUGCCCAUCUCCCAUCGGGCCAGGGAUGAGUUAGCCCGGGGGAUUGAAGGGAGCUUGGUGCUGCUACGGGCGGGGAUUACGGCGGUCCAGCGCGCUAGCCGAAGCUAAGGUUCCCCGCGUUCGGAAGCCACUAGCUAGCCCGCUCCCUAUUCCCCGCCCCGCGACCUCGGGGACCAUGAGGUUCCGCAUCUACAAGCGGAAGGUGCUGAUUCUGACGCUGGUGGUGGCUGCCUGCGGCUUCGUCUUUUGGAACAGUAACGGGCGGCAGCGGAAGAAUGAGGCCUUCGCCGGUUCGGCGUCUGCUCCGGCGCGGGUUGCAGGCCCAGGCGAUCUCCGCAGAUUUCCCAACGGUACGGCAGCCCCGCCGCCCGAGGUGGACAACAUGACACUGGUGUACCGGUCGCUAGUGUAUCAGGUGAACUUUGACCAGACGCUGAGAAACGCGGCGUCUGGGGGAGCGGGAGCGGCGGGAGCUGGCGGCGAAAAGGCCGGCGGCGGUGCUGCCGGGGACCCCGCGCAACUGGAGCCGGAGCUUGUGCUGGUGGUCCAGGUGCACAACCGGCCCGACUACCUCAAGCUGCUACUGGACUCGCUUCGCAGAGUCCAGGGCAUAGGUAACCUCUUAGUCAUCUUUAGCCACGAUUUUUGGUCGGCCGAGAUCAAUCAGCUGAUCGCCGGAAUAGAUUUCUGCCCAGUGCUGCAGGUCUUUUUCCCUUUCAGCAUCCAGCUGUAUCCCAACGAGUUCCCCGGCAAUGACCCCAAAGAUUGUCCCCGAGACUUGCAGAAGAAAGCAGCUUUGAAAAUGGGCUGCAUCAAUGCGGAAUAUCCGGACUCCUUCGGCCAUUACCGAGAGGCCAAGUUUUCUCAGACCAAACACCACUGGUGGUGGAAGCUGCAUUUCGUUUGGGAGAGGGUCAAGAUUCUCCAUAAUUAUGCUGGUCUUAUAGUUUUUCUGGAGGAGGAUCACUAUUUAUCCCCAGACUUUUUUCACGUGCUCAAAAAAAUGUGGAAAUUGAAACCGCAGGAAUGCCCUGAGUGUGAUGUGCUCUCCCUGGGGUCCUAUUCUGUUAGUCGAAGUUUCUUUGGCAAAGCAGACAAGGUGGAAGUGAAAACUUGGAAAUCUACGGAGCACAAUAUGGGCCUAGUGUUGACUCGAGAUACAUAUGAGAAACUGAUUGAGUGCACAGAUACUUUCUGUACUUAUGAUGAUUAUAACUGGGACUGGACUCUUCAAUAUUUGACUACAACUUGUCUUAAAAAUUUCUGGAAAGUCAUGGUUCCUGAAGUUCCUAGGAUUUAUCAUGCUGGAGACUGUGGUAUGCACCACAAGGAUCCCUGUAGACCAUCCACCCAGAGUGCCCAAAUUGAAUUGCUCUUAAACAAAAACAAACAGUAUCUGUUUCCUAAAAGUCUAAGUAUCAUUAAAAAAUAUGCUUUGGCUCCUCUCCUCCCACAUGGGAAAAAUGGAGGGUGGGGAGAUAUUAGGGACCAUGAACUCUGUAAAAGUUAUAGAAGACUGCAGUGAGAACUGCAAAAAUAAAAAUGACAGUUUUUAAAACUUGGGAUCUUUUUGGUCUAAAGGACACAAAACUGUAUAAAAUGAUUUAGGAAUUGGUUUCUGCUUUAAUACAAAUAAACAUUCUUGUUGAAAGUGUUGAAAAAAA